AUGGGGGUGUUACACCCUUACUCUGUGCCACAGGUACCUCUUGUAGCCUGUUGUGCAAUUUGUGGUGGAAAUCAUGCAGCUCAGACAUGUUAUCUGUUAAACUCCGGUAACCAAGUCCUUCAGCCUAAUGUGGAGCAAGUUGAUCUCAUUGGUUAUUCUAGACCACAAAGCCAGGGGCAAGGUUAUGGGAACUAUCACCAGCAAGGAAGAGAUCAGUUUGUUCCCUCUUGGAACAAUCAAGGAAAUCAAGUGAGGAACAAUCCACCAGGUUUUCAAGACAUGCAGACUUUCAUGAACACUAUGAUGGCUCAGAUGGGCAAGCUACAAGCAGAGAUAGAGAGUCUCAAGGCUCAGCAACAAGGAGGAAGUAAUCAGUUUUCUAAUCAAGCCUCAUCUUCGAAUGGUAGAUUGCCAACAAGCACAGAAAAUCCAUGGCACCAAGUGAAUGCAGUCACCACUAGGAGCGGAUUAGCAUUGAAGGAUCCUCCACUUCCUUCAAAUGAUCCAGUGCCUGAGAGAACUGAUAAGAAGGAUGAGGGCAUUCAGGUUGAACAUGUGCUUGAUGAUAGUGAGGAGGAGCCUAUGGUGCAGAGAGAUAGUGCUAAAGGAAAAGCCCAUGUGCCAGAUGAGAGUGCUCCGAGUAAGAAGCAUGAAAGGAAAAACAAGAAGAUUCCAUCGUACAAGAAGUUUCUAAAGAAUAUUUUAGGCAAUAAGAAAAAGCCAGAGAAGAGUGCAAUGGUGGAUCUGAGCGAAGGAGCCUUGACCUGUGCAAUUCUUCAACAUAAACUACCUCCUAAGCUGAAAGAUCUAGGUAGUUUUGCCAUUCCUUGCAUCAUUGGUGGAUUUGUAGUUGGGGGUGCUAUGUGUGAUCUGGGUGCUAGUGUUAGUCUUAUGCCAUAUUCUUUAUUACUUUAUACCGGGGAUUUCGUUGUUCUGGAUAUAGAGGAGGAUGCCAAGGUUCCUAUUAUACUUGGUAGACCUUUUCUAGCUACUGCUGGUGCACUUAUUGAUGUGAGGAGAGGAAAACUCGUGAUGGAGGUGGCUGAGAACAAGAUCGAGUUUGACAUAUUCAAAAUGGCGAAGCACCAACCCUCGUAUGUUGAUGAGUGUUACUUGAUAGAGGGGCUGGGUGAGUGCACUGAUGAACGUAGAAAGAUUGAGUUAGGGGAUUUUCAUGUUUCCCCUAUUGAUCCUGAACCCCCUGAGAAGUCAAGUGUUCUGAAACGAAAGAAAAAGUUCUUUGGUCCUGAUGGUUUCUACAAAAGAUGGAUGAGAGAGCUGUCUAAGUUUAAAAGGCCACCGGAUCGCAUACUCCACAAUCCCACCUGA